GUGUCUCCUGAGGAUACAGGCGGGUGUUUGAGGAGUACAUGCGGGUCAUCAGCCAGCGGUACCCAGACAUCCGCAUCGAGGGGGAGAACUACCUUCCUCAGCCCAUCUAUAGGCACAUAGCAUCCUUCCUGUCUGUCUUCAAACUAGUAUUAAUUGGCUUAAUUAUUGUUGGCAAGGACCCCUUUGCUUUCUUCGGCAUGCAAGCUCCGAGCAUCUGGCAGUGGGGCCAAGAAAAUAAGGUGUAUGCCUGCAUGAUGGUCUUCUUCCUGAGCAACAUGAUUGAGAACCAGUGCAUGUCCACCGGGGCUUUUGAAAUCACUCUGAAUGAUGUCCCAGUGUGGUCCAAGCUGGAGUCUGGCCACCUCCCUUCCAUGCAGCAGCUUGUACAGAUCCUUGAUAAUGAGAUGAAGCUCAAUGUGCACAUGGAGUCAAUGCCCCAUCAUCGAUCAUAGCCCCAUCGUUCAGCACUGAAACUCCUCGCGUUGGGCGGUGUCCCGGGCCGCGUGGCGCAGACCCAUGAAGGCCUGUGCUGAAGACAGCCGCUGUCGGCGCAGGCUGGACGCCUCCCUGCACCACGCCGUGCCUCCAGGACGAGCGCCUAACGAGCCCAGUUUCAGUGCUGGCCUGUCCCACACUGCACAGUCGCGAGUGCAAUAAUACUGUAUAGUUUUUUUAAGAGUCCCUCGACUGGUGGAUAGCUCAGCAAUGCAGGCAUUACUAAUGGUAACUUAUUUUAUAUUCAUGUUCACAAGGUGGCUGAUUGAGUUCAUACCUGAUUUUUUCCUUGGAAAAGAAAAGUUUGUUUAAUCUGUUGUAUUUUAUAUGAAUUUAUGUUCUUUUUGUAGUUUAAAAUGAAGUUAUAGGAGUGUCUGAUAUUGUCCUAAACUGUUGAGUAAUUGACAGCUGUCUAUCAAAUCUCUCUGAUGUGGUUAAAACAGGUUUGUAUAUUUCUCAGAAUCUAUGGCAGAGUCACACAGUGCAUUAUAUAUUGGAUUAUGUGAACAGAGUGGUUCCAUCAUUUGGUGACUUCGGUGAAAAUUCUGCUCUUUGACUGUGUGGGCCAGCUCCAACAGUUCUGUUCGAGAGAGGGGCUGUGCCUUCCUGCUGUCCCAACAGAACCCAAGAACAUUAACUGAAAUAAAGUUCCCAUUUCCUGUGUGAAGUAAUUGCUUGUCACAGAUGGACAUUCUUGGAAUUGCAAUUGAAGACUACAUAAAAAGCCAACUUUACAAAGU